CACUAUUAGCGAAGUUCAGUGAUUUUCAAACAUUAGAAUUAUUAACAAAAAAUGAUAGAGAAGUUAAAACUAUAGCAGCAAGUAUGAAGGAUAAAACUAUAACAACAGUUAUUGAGAAUCAAAUAGCUAUAGAGGAUAAAAUUAUAACAACAGAUUUAGAAGAUAAAACUAUAAAAACAUCUCGUCAAACAAAGGUGGAUUUUGAGAAAUUUUUUGCUGAAACUGAUAAUUUUGAAUCAGAAAAUGAAGAUAAUUAUGUAAUAGCACUGAUUAGUUAG